AUGUCCGGUAUUGGGUAAGGAUUUAGACCGGCUCAGCAACUUCCUGUUUUAAUUUUCCCGGACUUUUUCCAUUAUUUUAUGCUAUUCUGACUUUUCCAGAAAUCUACUCUGCAGCAUUAUAUCUUAUGGUAUUUCAAAAGUUGUCUUCAUGAGGAACGGAUUCAGAACUGCAUAAAACAGAAUUCAAGAUGGCUGGUACAAAGUUGAAAGUUCAUCAUUAUUACAUAAGAAAUUCUGAAGUACCAUUUGAAGAAGAUAUGUUUAAUGAGUUUAAAGGUCACAGAAACUUAGCAGUUGAAGAGUUACCUCCCUGGACACAGGAAUCCACAAAGGAUAAGGCAUCAAGAAGGGCUGUUUCUAGGGCAUUGAAUGCUAUGUUAAACACAGGUAAAGGUGGAAAAGUUUACCUGGGAAUCGUGGACAGUGGAAUGGUUAGAGGUUUACAACUUACAACUUAUCAACAAGAUCAUGUGAUGGGUAGCCUUGAUGAUUUGAUGUCCCGGUACAAGCCUCCAGUAAAGAAACAUCGUUAUAGAAUAAAGUUUGUUCCUGUUGUAGACCCAAAAUGUUCUGAGGAGGAAAUUAUCAAGCAGUGUUCCUAUGAUGCAAGUGAUAACAUUGAUGAGACAGACAUGACAGAGAGGAUGAAGCCACAUAUUUUUAGAAGUCACAGAUAUUGUUGGUGUGAUAAAGAUGGUGUAGCUCAGUUUAAUUGUGGUGUAAUGACACAAGAUUACGUAAUAGAGAUAGACAUCUUACCAUGGAACAGCAAAGAUCCACAUAAUCAGGACAGUGGAUGUGGAUCACUGAUAAAUCUCCAUCCACUACAUGAAGAUGAAGAAGGUUCAGUGUACUUCAGAAGGCAGGCAAGCUUAGUAAAGUACUCUAUGUCAGAAAUAUGUGAGUUAACCAGACAGGAAGCCAGAGAAUCAUUGGAGGAAGAAGUUAACAGGCUUAAAAGAGAAAUAAUAGCAAAAGAAGAGCUAUGCUAAGAGACAUGAUAGCUACCAUUGAUAGACAUUGACAGGAGGUAGGUGCUUUCCUACCAUAGAUAGUGUCAUCUAAAGCUCUCGAACCAGCAAUAUAAAGAACACCAUCGAUGAGGAAUGAAUUAAAGGAGAUUACAAAUUGUUGACUGUGAUUGUUUAACAUUACUUAGAAAAUGCUUGGAGAUGAUACACAUGCUACAUUGAUAAUGGAUAAGAGUUUUUAUACAGAAAUUUUGUGGGCGACCAACAAUAUUUGUAAUUUGUUAUCUUAUGUAUGCUCAGAGUAUGUAUAAUAUAUGAACAAAAUAUAAUUGAUGCUGAAUGAAUUAUCAUUGAAAAAUAAAUGAUGUGUUUUAUAAUGUAAAAAUAUGAAAGAGAAUAUGAUGAACAAUAAAACUAAUGUAUUUCAUGUUUCUAG